CCACAGUCAACAGCAGCCGUGUAACAUCUGCGCAGGUCAAAAACCCUGUGUGUGUUUUUAUUUUCAAGAACAGAAAAAAAAAGAGAGCAACACUCGUGGCCUUCACAGCUUUGCAGCCCCGCGCAGCAGCAGCAGCAGCAGCAGCCGCCUGCCUCCCUCCACCCGUCUGUCAUUUUAUUUUUAUGUUUUUCAGCGUCACAUCCCGCUGGCUGCAGGAAUGUAGAGACGCGGAGCUUUAAAAAUAGCAUCCUCUCCUCUGUCAGCGCUGCUCCGCUGGCUCCGCAGCACUGUGGUGCGAGAAGCAGGAAUGCGAAGAUGGCUACAGACCUAGGAGAGCUGCUGGUCCCGUAUAUGCCCACCAUCAGGGUGCCCAGGACUGGAGACAGGGUUUUCAAGAGCGAGUGCGCCUUUUCCUUCGACUCCCCAGAGUCAGAGGGAGGCCUGUAUGUGUGCAUGAACACAUUCCUGGGCUUUGGACGAGAACAUGUGGAGAGACAUUAUCGCAAAACAGGACAGAGUGUUUACAUGCACCUCAAGCGACAUGUGAAAGAGAAAGCCACAGGAGCUGCAGGAGGCGCCAUCCCCAGACGGAGAAAUGGAAAAGUGUUUCUAGAUUUAGAGCUUAACCGUGAUUUUAACGGAGAGGACUAUGAAUAUGAAGACGAGGCCAAGCUCGUCAUUUUUCCAGACCACUUCGAGAUCCCCUUACCAAAUAUUGAGGAGCUGCCCGCUCUGGUGACCAUCGCCUGUGACGCAGUGCUCAAUGCACCAUCAGCCUAUAAGAAGCAGGAGCCUGAGUCCUGGGAGGAGGAGAUCCAGGUGUCCAAACAUGCCAGGAGCCUCAGACAGCUGGAUAAUGGAGUCAGGAUCCCACCCAGUGGCUGGAAGUGUCAGAAAUGCGAAAUGAGAGAAAACCUGUGGCUGAACCUGACGGAUGGAGCAGUGCUCUGUGGGAAGUGGUUCUUCGAUGGAAGUGGCGGCAACGGUCAUGCUCUGGAGCACUACAGAGAGACCAAUCACCCCCUGGCAGUCAAACUGGACACCAUCACACCAGAUGGAGCAGAUGUGUACUCAUUUGAGGAGGAGGAAGCUGUGUUGGACCCUCACAUAUCAGACCACUUGUCACACUUCGGGAUAGACAUGCUACAGAUGCAGAAAAGAACAGAGAAUGGGCACCACACAGACAAUAACUCCCGGCCACGAGUCAGUGAAUGGGAGGUGAUCCAGGAGUCGGGCAUGAAGCUGAAGGCAGUGUUUGGUUCUGGUUACACAGGCAUCAAAAACCUUGGCAACAGCUGCUACCUCGGCACAGUGAUGCAGGUCCUCUUCAGCAUCCCAGACUUCCAGAGGAUGUAUGUUGGUAAUCUUCAGAGGAUAUAUGACUAUUCACCGCUUGACCCCAGCCAGGACUUCGCCACACAAAUGGCUAAGCUGGGACACGGACUGCUCUCAGGCCAGUACGCCAAACCACCCAUGAAAUCUGAGCUCAUUGAACAGGUGAUGAAAGAAGAUUACAAGCACCAGCAAAAGGGUGUCUCUCCCCGGAUGUUCAAGUCCCUGGUCAGCAGGGGACACCCAGAGUUUUCUUCCAACAGACAACAAGAUGCCCACGAGUUCCUCCUGCACAUGAUCAACCUGGUGGAGAGGAACAGCACCAGCUCAGAGAAUCCAAGCGACGUCUUCCGCUUCCUGGUGGAGGAGCGGACUCAGUGCUGCCAGUCACGUCGGGUCCGUUAUACUCAGAGAGUGGACUACUGCAUCCAGCUGCCCGCCCCCAUAGAGGCGGCCACCAACAGAGAGGAGCUGCUGGCGUACGAGGCCAAGCGCAAGGACGCUGAGGAGAACAUGCGGGCUCCACCCGAGCCGGUGAGGGCUCGGAUCCCCUUCACGGCGUGCCUGCAGGCCUUCACAGAGCCAGAGAACGUUCCAGAUUUCUGGAGCUCGGCGCUGCAGGCCAAGUCAGCGGGAGUCAAAACUUCCCGUUUCGCCUCCUUCCCAGAGUAUCUGAUUUUGCAGAUCAAGAAGUUCACGUUUGGGGUUGACUGGGUACCAAAAAAACUAGACUUGGCCAUAGACGUUCCAGACUUUCUGGAUCUGAGUCGGAUGCGGGCCACAGGGCUGCAGGCGGGUGAAGAGGAGCUGCCUGACCUCAUGCCUCCCAUCGUGCUACCUGAAGACACCAGAGAUAACUCCAUGAGCUCCAUAGACUCUCCAGAAAUAGACGAGACGGCAGUAAUGCAGCUGGCAGAGAUGGGCUUUCCGCUGGAGGCCUGCAGGAAGGCGGUCUACUACACAGGCAACAUGGGCCCCGAGAUGGCCUUCAACUGGAUCAUAGCCCACAUGGAGGAGCCCGACUUUGCAGAACCUCUCACUCUACCCUCAAUGAUAGAUCCUGGUCCCUCCACCAGCGACAGUCCCAUGGGUGCCACCCCGCUGGGCAGCUCGCCCCCUGAGGAGAGCAUCGCCAUCCUCACUUCAAUGGGCUUCCCCCGCAAUCACAGCAUCCAGGCACUCAAAGCUACGAACAAUAAUCUCGAGCGAGCACUCGACUGGAUCUUCACCCACCCGGAGGAGGAGGAGAGCGACGCCCUCUCUGACAUGGCUGACACGGAGCCCAACGACAACGCGUUCUCCAACGCAAACUCACACAGCGACUCCACACUGUCCCCAGACAGAGACAUGACAGGCCCGCGGGUCAAAGACGGACCUGGACGUUAUGAGCUCUUUGCUUUCAUCAGUCACAUGGGAGCAUCCACGAUGUCUGGGCAUUAUGUUUGUCACAUCAAAAAGGAAGGAAGGUGGGUGAUCUACAACGACCACAAAGUUUGUUUGUCAGAAAGGCCUCCAAAAGACUUGGGCUACAUCUACUUUUACCAUCGACUGUCAAGCAGUUAAAGUUACCCGCCCCCCUUCACCAUGCAACCUUUUAAAGAACCGCAGACGUUCACCCUGAAGACUGGGAGACAACUUUAAUAACAGCCACGGCGGAAACGAUGGAAAUAACCUCUCAGACCAGCUGCUCUCCUUAACGUGAUGUCAUUCAGUGAGCAACCAGGAACUCUGGUCAAAAGGGGAAAGCAAUGUGCUCUCUGUGCAUUUUUGUUCUGUCAUGCUUUAAAUGUAUAUUUCAGUGUUCAUGUUUAAGAACAGACAUUUUCUUGACACAGUGGAGGUUCAGAGGGAUGUGUGCAAUUUCCCCUUUCUGGAGUGCUCUGUACAGAAAUUAAUGUCACAUAUCAGAUCUCAUUGUUCCUCCUCUAUGCCUUCAGCUACUGUGCCAGGAUUUUCACACCGGUACGUUUUUAUAAUUGUAUAUGGAAAUGGGAGAGCUUCACUGCCAGCCCUCUGAAACUGCAACAACAAACAAGAAAUAACUGUGCUGCUGCUGGUGGCUUUGCGUUUUACAUUAAAAUACAAAUGCGUUUUUUUCAUCCGGGGGCAAAUGAAAGGACUACAGGAAUUAAAAGAGAGGAAAUUACACAUACUGUUUGCAAGUUUCAGUCCGAAGGAGAGCACCGGUAAGGCCACGUUUAGGUUUUAACUUGCCCCAGUUUCACCUGGAGACGGCAAGUUUGUCCUUUUCAAGUUUAACUUUCUGAGGUACACUGGCUGAGUUAUCAAGAUAAGUUUUUCCUUUCCUGAAAGCACUUUUUACUAAAACAUGUUCGUGUUUUGCACCUGGUGCAGCUGAAGUGGACUUUAUAUCCACAAGCCGUAAGCAAUUGAAUGUGAUAUCUUAAAUUUAAGCUUGUGUCCUGCUGAGCGAGUAAAUCUUUAAAGUGGCCAUUAGUCAAUGAAGAGAUGACUGUUGUAAGCAAAGGUGUGCUCGCUUAAAGAUCAAAUCCUCAGUGCACAUGUGAGUUAUAUUCUCAGUCCCUCAGUGAACUUCCUUUCUUAACAAUGUUGCAAAAUAUUCGCGUUGUAGGCGAAACUCUCCGCUGCAGCCGGGCCAGUUUGGUUCCUUUAUCACGUUGACAGAUUCAGUCUUUGACCCAAAAGUUAAAAUUAACGUUCUCGUUGACCUGUUGCCACUUUUUUACCGGUCAGUAAGAUCAGUUAUGCAUCACGUCUAAAGCAAUACAUGCACCACAACCAAAUCUACUCUUCACCCAGUACUUGAUGAAAGCUGUACGGUGAGACAGAUGUGUUGCAGUGCUGAAUGUAUGACUUCAUGGUGCUCACUGCAACCAAAACCUCCCGCUCAGCUUUAACACUCAGAAACCACAAUGAACGUAGAAACUGUCCCUCUGCUGUUAAGUCACUGUAACCUCAUGCUGGAUUAUCCACCGACUCCGUACUUUUCAACAACAUCUCAAUAUUCUGGUUCACGUACUCUGUCUACUUCAGACUUGUAAGCAACUUGGAACUGGACUUGAAUCUGUAUUAUCACAAAGUGUUGGUUAUUUGAGUGGCACAAACUCUUAAUUCCUGUUUGGUGAAACGGUCUUUCACUCAAUGUUGCACCUUUGGGUGCAUAUUUUAAAGGGGAGUUCUGCUGAAAACAACAGAGUGUUAGAGUGUUCUGAAAAUGUUGACACCUUCUUAAAAUUUCCAUUUGCCAGAAUAAAUGUUAGCUAAGUGUGUUUCUGAAAAACCACAGAUAAACUGGAUGUUUCAUGCUAACAUUAUAUCCCGGCAAAUGGGCUGGAUUUUGAAGGCCUUACCUCUCAUGUUCAAAGAGAGGUUCAAUCCUCGGACAGUGAAAUUAUAUUUCUUGCGAGGUUUGAAAGGAAAAAAGCAGAAAUAUUUUACUGCAUACCUAUUAAAAAACUAGAGUGAAGAGAACAGAGUGAAGGAAUAUGAUGGUCUUUCAACAAUGCCUUCGAUAAAGUCACAGUAAUGUCUUUCCCAGAGGGCUCAGAAAAUCUUGAUGGAAGCUUUUCAGAUAAAUAUCCAUUGUACAGAAUGACUCCAUCUUUCAGUGGCGCCCCUCUUUAACAACACUGUGCCUAGACUUUCACUGAGCUGUAUUAUAUCUCAACCUCUCAACUUCAUCAGAUACUACUUGAGAAACUGCUGCAGUACUCAUUGUCUAUGCAGCGGUGAAUUCUUAAAGGUCUCUCUAUGCAAGUCUUGUGUUUCUGCCCGUUCUUCCUAUUAAAAGGUUUUUUUCUUUGUCAUAAACAAAACAUGUCCUCCUGUCAGACCCUGGUCCAGACACAGCAUUUCUGCUCCUCAUUGUCAGUUGCUAAAUAAUGUUCAGUCAUUAAUGUCUUCAGAUAUUCAUUUUAUUUUUCAGCACCUUUUGUCCCCUGACAUCCUCCAGAUUAUCGUCUUUGUAUUUUUGUCUUUCUGUUCUGGCUUUCCCUCCAGCUCGGUCUUUUCCGUUCCUUUUUCUCUACGGUGUUAAUGGUUCAAUUUGUCACAAAGGCGCUUUUUCACUGUCUGCAUGUGCACUAGACAUUGACAUGUAGUCAUUUGGAUUGUACAAUUGUACCUUUUGUGAGUUUUGUUCUUUUUUUUCAUUUAACUAAAUGUCAAAAAAGGUUCUUCAUCUGUUUUUACUCUGUUGCCUUUUUUUGCAAACAAGUUUGUGCCAAUUCUGUAGUUUUCAUUACAUAGUUCUCCUGAAGGGAUUAUUAUAAGUUGACUUUUGUAAUGUUUGCAUUUAUCAAGAUAUGGCUUAGGUGUACGUGAAUAGAGUAAUGACAGUAUACUCAAUGGCACUGUUUACUUAAGAGGUUUGGAUAAUUUAAUAAACUACACCUUUGUUGAGA